CUUCCGCGCGUGUGUCUGUCUGUCUGUGGGUCGUUUGUUUUGUUUUAUUCGUUUUGACUGAGCGGCCUGUUGUUUGAAUGCCUCCGCCGGCCGCGUGAGCGGCACCGUUGCUUCGUCCGGUGGGGUGGGGGGAGCGUCCCGGCAGUCUCCUCCCCUCGUCGGGGAGGAGGAAGGAUCCCGACCCUGAGCCUUACUGGUACUCUGAGGAGGAGGAGGAGGAGACGGCGGCGGCGGCGGAGGAGGAAAGGGGCUCGAAGUUAAAGAGGGAAGAUGCCGUUGGCGCAGCUGGCGGACCCCUGGCAGAAAAUGGCUGUGGAGAGCGCGGCGGAGAGCACGAACAGCGCCGAGAAUGGCCAACAAAUUAUGGAUGAACCUAUGGGAGAAGAAGAAAUAAAUCUUCAAACAGAUGAAGGCAAUAUUAAAGAGAUUGCAAUAACAUAUCAUGUCAAGGAAGGACAUGAAAAAGCAGAUCCUUCACAAUUUGAACUCUUGAAAGUACUAGGACAAGGAUCUUUUGGAAAGGUAUUCCUUGUCAAAAAAAUCUCAGGAUCGGAUGCCAGGCAACUAUAUGCAAUGAAAGUGCUAAAAAAAGCAACACUGAAAGUUCGUGAUCGUGUUCGGACAAAAAUGGAGCGUGACAUCUUAGUAGAAGUUAAUCAUCCAUUUAUUGUCAAGUUACAUUAUGCUUUUCAAACAGAAGGGAAGCUAUAUCUCAUUUUAGACUUUCUCAGGGGAGGAGAUUUGUUUACACGCUUAUCCAAAGAGGUGAUGUUCACAGAAGAGGAUGUCAAAUUCUACUUGGCAGAAUUAGCACUUGCUUUAGAUCAUCUGCAUAGUCUUGGAAUAAUAUACAGAGACCUAAAACCAGAAAACAUACUACUUGAUGAAGAAGGACAUAUUAAAUUAACAGAUUUUGGCUUAAGCAAAGAGUCUAUUGAUCACGAAAAAAAAGCAUACUCUUUCUGUGGAACAGUUGAAUAUAUGGCCCCAGAAGUAGUUAAUCGACGAGGUCAUACACAGAGUGCAGACUGGUGGUCAUUUGGUGUCUUGAUGUUUGAAAUGCUCACUGGUACUCUACCUUUCCAAGGGAAAGACAGAAAAGAAACCAUGACUAUGAUUCUCAAAGCCAAACUUGGAAUGCCCCAGUUUUUAAGCCCAGAAGCUCAAAGUCUUCUCCGCAUGCUUUUCAAGAGAAACCCUGCAAACAGAUUAGGAGCAGGUCCUGAUGGAGUUGAGGAAAUUAAGAGGCAUCAAUUUUUCUCCACAAUAGAUUGGAAUAAAUUGUACAGAAGAGAAAUUAAUCCACCCUUUAAACCUGCAACUGGGAGACCUGAAGACACAUUUUAUUUUGACCCUGAAUUUACAGCAAAAACUCCAAAAGAUUCACCUGGUAUUCCACCUAGCGCUAAUGCUCACCAACUUUUUCGGGGCUUCAGUUUUGUAGCUAUUGCAUCAGAUGAUGAAAGCCAAGCUAUGCAGACUUCUAGUGGGCACCCAAUUGUUCAGCAGUUGCACAGGAACAGUAUUCAGUUUACUGAUGGAUAUGAAGUCAAACAAGACAUAGGAGUUGGUUCCUAUUCGGUUUGCAAGAGAUGUAUACAUAAAGCAACAAAUAUGGAAUAUGCAGUAAAGAUUAUAGACAAGAGUAAAAGAGACCCCACAGAGGAAAUAGAAAUCUUGCUACGAUAUGGACAACAUCCAAAUAUUAUUACCCUCAAAGAUGUAUAUGAUGAUGGGAAAUACGUGUAUCUGGUAACUGAACUUAUGAAAGGUGGAGAACUGUUGGACAAAAUCCUUAGACAAAAAUUUUUUUCAGAAAGAGAAGCCAGUGCUGUCCUACUGACAAUAACUAAAACAGUUGAAUAUCUUCAUGCACAAGGAGUUGUACACAGAGACUUGAAACCUAGCAAUAUCCUUUAUGUUGAUGAAUCAGGCAAUCCAGAAUCAAUCCGAAUCUGUGAUUUUGGAUUUGCAAAGCAGCUGAGAGCAGAAAACGGCCUUCUAAUGACGCCAUGUUACACAGCAAAUUUUGUUGCCCCUGAGGUUUUAAAAAGACAAGGCUAUGAUGCUGCAUGUGACAUAUGGAGUCUUGGUGUUCUUCUUUAUACAAUGCUGACCGGCUAUACUCCCUUUGCAAACGGUCCUGAUGAUACUCCAGAAGAAAUUUUGGCAAGAAUAGGAAGUGGGAAGUUUUCUCUCAGUGGUGGAUACUGGAAUUCUGUUUCAGAUACAGCAAAGGAUUUGGUUUCAAAAAUGCUUCAUGUUGACCCUCAUCAAAGGCUGACUGCUGCCCAGGUCCUAAGACAUCCCUGGAUUGUUCACUGUGACCAACUGCCUCAGUACCAACUAAACAGGCAGGAUGCUCCACAUCUUGUAAAGGGCGCCAUGGCUGCUACAUACUCAGCAUUAAAUCGCAAUCAGUCACCAGUCUUAGAGCCAGUGGGUCGUUCUACUCUUGCUCAACGAAGAGGUGUCAAAAAAAUUACCUCAACUGCUCUGUGAAGUGACCUCAGCUGAAAAAUUUGGUACCAUAGUAAGAUGAUAGCACAAAUCAUGGCAACAGGUAGCACAUAUCCAAGAUACUUGUAAGCACACUGUUCCAGCUGGUACCUACUAUGCUGCUGUUCCUGCUUUCGUCUUUUCUUCCUUUAAACUUAUUGAAGGGCAAAACAUUGCCCUUCUGAUGGCAUAUAAAGUGGAUUCAGUAGAAAUGAACUAUUCAUGGAGAUAAUGUAGAAUUAUGAACACCUGUUCUGUUACAUUAAAUACACUGAAUAAAGCACUCUGCACCAUAUAGCAUUAUUUUUAUAGGGAAUGUUUCCUCUCCCUUUAAAACAUUAUUCAUUACAUGUAUGGAUGGACAGUUUAUGUUAAGCACUUAGCUUAAACAAUGUUUAUAUUAGCACUGUAUAAUUUGUGCCAUCCAGCAUUUUAUAUGUUUUUCUAAUUUUUCAUAACAGUACAUUUUUGUACUGUUUCCUUUUACAUGCCUUCUAUUUAGACUAAUUGACAAUUAAAUCUGAUUAAAAUGGUUAAUCAGUGUAGUUGGACAUCUCUAAAACAGCUUGACUGUUAAACAGCUAUUGAAUGUAAUUCUGUGAAUGUGUUUUUCCUUGCCUCUGCCUCACCACAGAUACAUCGGGGCUGUUCACAAGACAGCCCACUCUGUUUUACUUAAUCCAUAGUGAGGCUUCAUUGCAUAUAGGGUGCAUGUGGUUGCUAUUUCGAAUAUGGUGGUGCAAACACAGCAAGUGUGGGUCAUGUGAGAAUUAAACAACCCUCACAUAACCCAUGCUUGCUGAGUUUACACAGCAUGACAAUUCCUGACCACGGGUUCAGUAUGCAACUUGGUGUCCUCAGGUGCCGUGGUUCAUGCAGACCAGGCUGUUGUUAGAUGUAAUGGGAAGCUAGAGCUAUUAUAGCAUUUAAUGGUGUAAUAGGUUCUCACCAUCACACAUGUGCAGCUAGGACCCUGAGGGUAUGGAAUGGGCUUUCAUGGGGUGGCUGAGGCCCCAUCGGUGAGGGUAUUCAAGGAUAUGCGAGACAUGCACAUGGCAGGCAUGUUGUGAGCGGAGCCGGCUAGAGCCGGGAGUCAGACUCGAUGGCCUGGGAGGCCCCUUCUGACUUGUUCUGUUUCUAUGUCUCUAAUUCCUGAAAUAUCUCCAGUGCAGUGCAAGAGCCAUAUUUGAAAUCCUUGGCAAAAUAGUUUAAAUUUAGUUCACUUAUUUACAACAGGUCAUCCUUUACUGAUUAAAGAAUGAGUCGUUCUUGCACAGUGCUGAACCAGUGAUAGGAUGGGGAAAUGGAAUGUUUUAAAGCUAAUGCAGUGCAUUGACUGGUAAUACGCAUGCUAGCAAAAUUUCUUGGGGUCAGGAAAUCACUAAGAGCCUGUCACAUUUGGACUAUUUUCAAGCUGCCACAAGAAACAGAAUGAAUAUGCCUAAUGUCUGCAACCUAUUCCUCUUGGUUCUGCUGUAAGGUUUGGGCUUUUCAAUUGGUAUUGCUGGCCUAUAAACUGGCACCCUUGUUCAUAGUGUAUAGUAAGGGCCUGCAGUCCUAAAGACUGCAUAGUAAAGAGUAAGGGUCAUUUAACACAGUGCAACCUACUUUGGAGCUUUGUUUUUACCAUUUUCUUGGGAAAGAGUGAAAAGUUUUGUGUGCCACAAAUAUUGACCAGUUUGAAUAGUUUUGGGAUUCUUCUUUUCUGGGAAAAAUUGAAAUUGUAUUUACUGAAAAGUACAAUGUACUAAAGAACAAUAUAAUUUUGAUGGAUAAUCCCAGAGUUCUGCCAAAGAAAUUAUUCUGUCAUUGUAAUAAUAUUUUCCAUUGUCUUUCAUUUUUCAAAAAAAACUCAAUUCAAUAUGUUAGACAGUUGAAGCAAAAUAAGCAACUUGUUGUAGCUUUUUGCUUUUAUCAAAUGCUCACUUUUCCUUUGAUCACUCACUGCCCAGAUAUAGUCUUCAUCUUACUUAAGAUGCAUUUGUAGUGCCAUCCACUGCAUCCCCUCAUGCUUUUAAAAUCCUUUUUCAAGUUAUUAUACUUUUUAUUUAUAACUGACAAUUUAAAAUAAACAUUGUCAUCCGCCACUUUGCUGCAGAAUGGUUUGCAAUUAUGUCUUUGCUUAGAUUUCUCUUCAAAACACCUAUUAGCCACCAAGGGCCUUUGAUUUACUAUUGUCUUCUGCUGGUUGAAUGUUGGUGUUCUAAAAUUCAGUUCUCUUUUAUCAUGGUUGAAAAUCUUUUCAAAUAUGUUUUCCACAGUUAGCUGCAAUUUUCAUUGCAGUGGCAAAUUCAGCAUUGCUAAUCUCCUAACUUCAACUUAAAAGGACAGCUGUGACUUCAUAGUGGUGAUUUCACCGGCCACUUCAUAUUGAUGUGGCAAUAUUUUAAUAUUUGCCCAGUAAACAUCUGUUAUUCCUUAAUAUGAUUUGGAGACGUGAUCUGUGCAGACAAUGAACCAUCUACAUUUUCUUGGUUUGGUUUUUGGAUUCGGUCUGUAUUUUCUCCCUCAAUAUCUAAUCAGAUUUUUUCAGUAGAUUACAGCUUUAACUCUGUGAUCAUUCAGUUUAAUGCUUACCUUAAUAUUUAUCAACUAUUAGUUUAUUAGCAGAAAUGGCUCUGCAGCAUUUAUGAUGCAGUUCACAGCCACAUAAACAGACAAGAGGCAGGCCAAAAAUGGAAAAUUUUGUUUGUUUUAGAUGGAGGUCUUAUUUUGUGUUCUACAAACACAAACCAUAAAAUUAACCUAAAGGAAAUAGUGUCACUUCUUCUAAGGUCAGCUUUUUUUUGUAUUGUCAUAGAUGGAUUAUUUAUAUUUGGAACAUGGCUUUAAUGUCUUAAAUUUAGGAGGAAUCCUGAAAUGCUUGCAGCUGUUGACCUAAUAUUCAGACAUUUUUGUAAAUACUUUAAAAUUCACAUUCUGCCAGAAGGUGUCCUGUUAAUAAAGAGCAAGCAAAUACUAGACUGUAGUGAGUGACAGUGGGCAAAUGAACUGGUUUCUUGCAAUAAGCUCCUGUUUCAGUUUUCUGUGAUUAGUAACACAUUUCAUAAAAUAGAAAGUUAUUAUAUUCUAAAGUGUGAAGGAAGAUCUUCAUUGAAGGAUUUUAUUAGAUGUUUGAAAGGACUAGUCUUUUUGCACUUGUACUAUUAGGUCUAUAAAUGUAAUAUCACUUCUGUAGAUAGAAAAUUCAUCUUUUGCGUUAGACUGUUCUUAAAGCAGUCUGCUCUCAAGUGAUUUCAUUUUCAUUGUUCCCUUAAGGAUGUUAUGUUUACAAAGGAACUUUGCACAGGUGGAUUCAAACAUAUCCAGACAUAUGUUAGUCUGUGGCCUUGUGACAGCCAGUUCCUAGAGCAAAAGCAUUCGGAUUACAAUCCUUAACAUGUUUAUUAAGAAGUAAACUCAGAUUAACACAGUGGGACUUAACCUCUGACUAAACAUGCAGCAGGAUUGCACUGUAAUUCUUAGAACUUGCAUCUGACCCUAGCAAAAUACUGUGAAUUCUUACAGUCUAGUGUUCCAUAUUGUUUCCCGAAUUACUUAUGUUCUUUUCCCAUACACCAGUGUGAGCAUUCCUUCCUCUACCUAAACUCUCUGCUUUAUAAUAUCCUUUAGCUUCUUGGUCAACAUUCUGUAGCGAUAAUUUUGACUUGUUUAGAACAAGACAUAGCCAUACUUCAGAACUUAAAACCAUUGGUGUGCAGUCUUUUCUUUGCUGUGCGGUCAUUUAUUAAUAUGGAAUGGAAUUUUCAGUGCUUCAUUGGACAAGUUGAGAUGGGGCAUGGUGAGUUAUUUAACCCAGAAUGGUGCAUGGGGUUCAAAUGAGAUGGUGCAACUCCCAAACCCUCUGAAUCAAUCACAUUCAAAUCAGUAGCUACACAUGUACAUGGCUCACACUGUGGCUCAUCAUGGGUUAUUAAGCUCAUCACAACCAAUUUUGUUGCUGAACUGAGUCACUGUGUAUCAAAGAGUAACAGGUAGUGAUCAGGCAGCUUUGUUUUCCAUAGAACAAACCUAUAACUAACCAAAACAUUAAAUGUACCACUUGGGAGUCUUAAUACAUUAAGAACAGUAUAUAAAUGUAGUAAAUAAAAACAUUAAAAUUACAGUUCAGUUAGCCUCAUUUUAUACACAGAUAUGCUCUAGAUAACCAGGUACAUUGCAAGUAGAUACUUAAGUAUGACACCAGGGAAAAUUAAACCUCUUCUUUUCUCCCCACCACCAUGCCCUGGUGGGAUGGGUACUGCUUCAUUAAACAUGUAAACCAAGGUACUGUAUCAGAAAGUACUACAAAAUAAAGUUGAGUAAAAACAAUGUCGGAAAGGAACAACCAACUACACUGCUUUGCUAUUUCUAUUCUUCUGUGGUCUUAAAUAGUAUAAAUACUAUAUAUCACAGAAAAAAAAAUUGCAAAUAAUGUUUACAAUCAAAAUUGAUUUUAAAACAUUAACUUCAAAAUAGACAAUAGUAGAAAUUGUUAAAAAAUAACUUGAGAAUGUUUCAUACUGCUGGUUUAUUCAUAAAGAAAAAAACUAGGAAAAUAUCCAAACUCUUUUAUUUAACCCUUUCAUUGUUCUUGUCUUGUUCUUGGACAUCCAGUUCAUGUUUCCUUCAUAUUCUUUACUGUGCCUAGUUUGUCUUGGCUUCUUUAAAUCUGAAAAUGUAUUAUCUAUUUUUGGGACCCUGGGACAUUCCUAUAUAAAACUUUGCUUUCUUGUUCUCCACUGUAAACAAAAUAUUCAGAAUUUGAUAGCUUCUGAUAGCUAUGCAGCAAGAAUUUUAGCAAUCUAGCUUAUUUCUUGUAAUACGAAACAAAUGUCCAGAGCCAAAUAAGCAUCCUAUGCCAGUAUGUCAGGAAGCGUGAUGCUUUUCAUAUGAACACUGUACUAACUGACAUGGGAUGCUACAACUGGUUUUUAACAUCCUAAAAUGCUAUUUCUCUGCUUUUCCUUCUAUUAAACACGUAAUGUGAGAUAAACUGGAAAGUUUUGAGAACUGGAGUUAAAUGGCUAGCAAAACUAAAUACACAUCUUCAACAUGUGAGCAGAGGAAAACUGAAAUUUGCUACAGUGGCCCUUGCGAUCUAGUAAAGAAUAAAUGAGUGACAUAUUUAAAAUCGAUAGAAUAGGGAAUAAGGAAACAAAUGUAUUUAGGGUUUUGUAUUGUAAAUGUUUAUCAACUAAAGCACUGCUUUUCUGAUAAUGCAAAGGAAGGCUUUAAGGCAUGUAAAUCCUUGGUAAUCAGUAAGGAAUGGCUUUUAGCUCAUGGAAGUGAUGUAAAUGAUUAGCUUUAUCUUGAUACUUCUGACCUAAUCAAAGGGAAAGUGCACUCAUGAGGGAUGUAAUUAUUUUACUGUGUUAGUGAAGGUUGAGGGGGUCUACUUAAGAGAUUUUUUAAAAAUAUCAGAAAAUAUUUUUCUACAAUUCUGUACAAUCAGUCUUUAUAUUGACUUCCUCAGCAUGGCAUGCGAAUCUAGGGUACAGUAAUAGGACUUCAUACUGUACCUUUAGAGUAGAAAAUUAAAAUAGCAUCUAUCAGAUGCUUUUAUUAGCAUAAUGGAACUGUAAUGCUGGUAAAAAGGCUAAAAGAACUGAAUACUUUUGUUCUAUUGAGAUCCAUGUAUGUUUUUAAAAAUACUGUAUACGUGUAAUCAGAAUUGUUCCAGACAUAACCACAGAUGAGCCUGGAAAGAUACUAUUGCUUGUAUCCUUGUCAAAAGGCAGGUUUUGUAGUCUUCAAAAGAAAUUGAAUUUAUACUGCAAAUAAACUUUGAAAGAUAUUAA